AUGUUCAUGAACUUCCGUCGUAUCCACAAGUGCCAGUGCGUGCAGUUGCUGAUCACAGGCCUGGUGCUGUGUGUGGGGAUGGUCUGUUGGGAGGAGCUGGACCACUACGUGGUCAGCCACAUGAGAUCCUACACAUACCGCUACCUGGUCAACAGCUACGACUUUCUCAAUUCUUCCUUAACCAUCACCUCCAAACAUCGCCACAGAAAGAAUGGUUCUGACAGUGUGGAUGGUGGUUUAGGGAACUACCCAUAUCUCAUUAACCACCCAGGUAAAUGUGAAGGGAGUGAUGGGGACGGAAAAAGCUGGGAGGAUGUCCUCCUGCUUCUGUUUGUGAAAUCAUCACCAGAGAACUUUCAGCGGCGUCAGGCCAUCAGGGACACAUGGGGAAACGAGAGCUUUCUUUGGUCAGAACUGGGGGCAAGUGUAAGGGUGGUUUUUGCACUAGGCAUGUACCCGGAUCUCAGGCGGAGAUCCAGGGUGCAGAAUGCACUUCUGCAGGAGGACAAGGCCUAUGGAGACCUGAUCCAGCAGAACUUUGUGGACACCUUCCACAACCUGACUACCAAACUAAUCCUACAGUUCCACUGGGGCCAUGAGUACUGUCCCCAGGCACGCUUCCUUAUGUCUGCGGAUGAUGACAUCUUCAUCCACACGCCCAAUUUGGUGAAGUACCUGCGGCAGCUUGUGAGUAGUCAAUCGGGGGCUAAAGACCUGUGGGUGGGGCAUGUACACAGAGGAGCCCCUCCAAUUCGCCGUAAGGACAGCAAGUAUCACGUUCCCUAUGAUCUGUAUCCCUGGCCUUCCUACCCAGACUACACUGCUGGAGCGGGGUAUGUGGUUUCAGGGGAUGUGGCUGCUAAGAUCUACCAUGCGACUCUGGUGCUGAACUCCUCAAUCUACAUAGAUGAUGUCUUCAUGGGGAUUUGUGCCAAGGCCAUGGGGGUUUCUCCCCAGGAGCAUAUUUACUUUUCAGGGGAGGGCAAGGCUCCAUACCACCCCUGCAUCUAUGAUCACAUGAUCACAUCGCAUGGUCAUGCCACGGAUGUGCGCUCACUAUGGCAGGCAGCAACAGACCCCACAGUGUACAACAACUACAGAGGAUAUAUGGGUAAUCUGUACUGCACAGCAGUGAGAGUGAUGCUGCUUUGUCUGCCAUAUUACCAGAACACAUACUCCUGUAUGGCUGCUUUUACAUAA